AUGUCGGCGACGCAAGAUAAAGCAAACAACUACCCUCAGUGUGACAGGAAACUACCGUCAUGCUCCAAUUGUCUCCAAAGCCAGUCGGAGUGUGUGGGCGUCCAGCCCUUGGAGGGCGGGCUCUCCGUUGUACCUCGAAGCGUGGUUCAGCACCUGGAAUCUGAGAUCGCAGCUUUGGAGAUACAGUUGGCGCAAGGAACACGUCCACAGGCUUCUGAGAUGCCCGGCUUGCCCUUGCCAGACGGCAAUUCCGUUGCAUCCUUGCCACGUUCCAGCGCUAUUCGCCGGGAGAUCAUGAACAGCAGUGGGCUUUACCAGAUGAUUGCGGCCACAUCUUCAGUCGGACGGGACAUGGCAAAUUCAGCCUUACGAGUCCGUCUGGAACUGACACCGUCAUUUGUAGAAGGGGCGUCUAUGGCGGGUUGUCGUGGGCACAACGUACUUGAGCCGGGGGACCAUCCUCUACAUCAACCCGACAGUGACUCUGGCCUUAUACCUCCAUUUGAUAUCGAUGCCAUUUCAGGAUUAGUUGAAAUGUACAUUGUCCACGUUUGGCCGCUGUACCCUUUCGUCGAGGUGAAUACGCUACGGCAACAAUUUUCUCGAGUCUCACAAGGCGCCUGCUACCCAUCUGGAGAAGGCACUUCCGCCAGACAUCAGGACAUGUUCACAAUAUAUCUUGUGGUGGCGAUCGCUAUCACAUUGGAUAAUAGAAUUGAUAGCAAUGGAACUACCUGCAUGGACCUGUCUUUUAGACUGUUCAAGCAAGGAAUUCAUCACCGUCUUCGGGAUGAUUCAUACCAGACUGAUUUAGCCUGCCUCCAAUCCACCCUCUUCAUUCUUCUCUAUGCUUCAAUAAACCCAUCUGCUGCAAAUGUCUGGACUCUCAGUGGUAGCGCCAUGCGAUCUUGCAUCGAACUUGGACUUCACCGCGAACUAUCUGCUUCUCACAACCUGGGAGCGGAUGCACUACAGCUUAGGCGACGUACCUUCUGGUCUGCAUACUGUUUUGAUCGCUCAAUAUGCAGUGCCCUCCACAGACCAGUCUCCAUUCCAGAUGUGGCCAUUGACACUAUUUGUCCGAGUCCCGAUAGCAGCGGCGACGACUCUACUUGGGUAUGGUGGACCAAGUUCCAGCAAAUCAACUCGAUGAUUCUUCACGUCCAUUUCCAAAAGGAUUUGCUGUCUGACAGAACGGAAUACCAAUCCUGGCUCCAAUCAAUGGACGACAAGCUCGAAGCAUGGUAUUGGCAAUGGGAAAACCAGGCAACGUCACCGGGGGGUAAUCUGCGAAAGCUUGCCCUGCUGCGUGGCCGGUUCAGCCUUCAUCGACCCUCACCCCAAGUACCAAUUCCCUCUGUAAGCAGUCUUGUGGCGGCGUUUCAGAACACUACGGAUUGGAUUCGCCUGUUCAGAGGUUAUCUUGACGGGGCAAGGCUUCGGCAAGGAUGGUUCGCCUCCCACUAUGCUUUUGAAGCGGCCAUCAUCGCUCUUUUCUCCCUCCGACAUGCCCCAUUCCAGAUAAGACGGAUAUUCGAGCCGCACGAAAUACUGGACAGAACUAAGUGUUUUACAACUUGUCUGCUCACAAUUGCUGCCCAGGGAUGGAGCCAUAUUGUAGGCCAUGCCGGUACCUAUGAGAGACUCCUAGGGCCCUUGUUGGAGGUGCUCUUUGUGCCAAUAAGCGACGUGCAACAAGGUUUCCACUAUGUGUAUGACGAGGAGUUGCGUCACUAUCUGCAAUCAGGACAAGAGGUAUCUGAAUUACAGUUGUCUGGCUGCUCAAAAGAGCUGUCUGAUAUAAACAUGGAAUUAUUCGGCGACCUCUCCCACAUGUUCAGUGUCAGCACUUGA